AUGGUAAUAGAUACUACUAUGUACGCGGUAGAGUUGGGAAUAGGCACAUUUGAUCCAUCUUCAUCUCAUAAAACAGUUUAUCUCGGGUUCGAUACCGGAAGUGAUCUCAUAUGGACUCAAUGUAAAGGUUGUGAUAAAUGUUUUAAACAAGUAUAUCCUGUUUAUCCUGCAACUGAAUCUUAUACUUAUAGGCAACUCCCUUGCCAUAACUGUCCUCCCGGCGCAACAUGUGUGGACGAUACUUGCCGGCUGACCAGAGAGUAUGGAGAUGGUGCCGUAGUUCAAGUGGUUUUGUCUUAUGAAUCGUUUACCUUCCAGACUGCAACUACUCCUCUAGUUUUGAAUGAUGUUUUAUUCGGUUGCGGUUUCAACAUGCAAGGUUUUACCGCUGAAGAAGGAGAUAAAAACAAUAGAAUAAGUGGAAUGUUCGGAAUGAAUUAUGGCGAACUUAGCUUCCAAGAACAACAAAGACAAGAGUUGGUUCACGGAAAAUUUCAAUAUUGCUUACAAAAGAAAGUAGCUCAAGCUUUACCACCAAUGUUCCUUCGAUUUGGAGAUGAUUGUAUACAACCCACUGGACCGCCUCGAUCGAUCCCAAUGUUUCGAUUUCAGAACAGACCUAUCUACUACAUAGAUCUCCGCGGCAUUAGGGUUGCCCAAACAAUUCUUGCGAUUCCUCCUAAUGUUUUUCAAAUCUCCCAAAAUGGAAACGGAGGAACCGUGAUUGACUCAGGCACGGACGAAACCUAUAUAACCCCAGAGGCCUACCAUGUCUUGGUAGCCGAGGUAGCUGCUUACAUCGAAUCUAGAAACUCGGGUGUUGUGAGGUUAGAUCCUUAUGAUCCUGAUGAUCAUCUUUGUUACAAGCGAGUUAGUGGUGCAUCUACGGCCUUUGAUCUUCCUUGGAUUACUUUGUUGUUUCCAAAUGAUGUAAAUUUCCUUAUUAAUCCUGAUGUAUUAUAUGAAAUUUACACACUUGAGGGUGAAGAUUUCGUUUGCUUGUUAUUUUUGGAAUCUCCGGAGGAAAUUGGUGGUGUGACCCUAUUAGGAUCACUCCACCAAGUGGGUCAUCGUAUAACAUAUGAUCUUCCUAAUGGACAACUACUCGUUGCAGAUGAGAAUUGCAAUUUGGGUCGUUAGUUUAUACUACUUCUAGUUAACUUUUUAUGAUUAAUAAUAAGAAUAGUAAUUCAUUGUUUGUGUUUGCUUCAAUGUGUUUCCUCUUUGUUAGCCAAUUGUAUGUAUUUUGUCAUUCACUUUGCAAAUAAAACAGUCCGUAAGUAGUGUAUAGAUGCUGCCAUUUAAUUUAAAAUUAUUUAUUUAAAAAAAAAAAAAAACUUUACUUGAACUGGAUUUUGGGCCGGACUGAAAAUAUCCGGUUUUACCCGGACCGAUCCCGUCCGGUUUCA